AUGCGCGACGCCAAUGCGCCUGACGUCUGCAACUGCACUGGCACGGGCUACGCCGGCCCCACCUGCCAAACUCCAAUCUGCAAUCCAGGCUGUCAGAAUAAUGGCAAGUGCGUUGCGCCCAAUACAUGUAAUUGCACCAGCACCGGCUUCACUGGCCCGACGUGCACAACUGUUGCGCGGCCGGCCACGCUCUACCUGGACCACAAGAUCCUGCUCCUCACCACACCCGGCUUCACCAACAUCGAUUUCCUGGAGGCUGUCUUCAAGGGCUAUGGCACCCCUUACGACAUCAUCCGCUGGGACGUGGGCAACUCGCCAGACCUCAAAGCGCUGCUGUGGGCCUCGGACGGCUCAGCCCGCUACAGCUCAAUCUUCAUGCACCCCAACCUGGAGGCGUUGAGCCUGAUGAACAAGACAGAGAUCGACAACCUGUGGCAGUUCCAGAUCCGUGCCGGCGUCCGCACCGUGAAGAAUGUGCUCGGCGCAAACCCGGCCAACCUGACCACAAGCGCCACCGUGACUACGAACUGCACGGUGACGCCGAUCAUCAAGAAUGCGGCAGGCUUCUACACUGCUACUCUCGUCAAGUACCAGGACGGCCGCGAAUCCAUGGGGUUCAUGCACGAAUAUCAAGACGACACGGGCACUCAGUACCGCGUCAGCCCUUAUGACCUGCAGCGUCACCUCCAAUGGCUCUCAGACCUCAAGUCAGGCGCAGUAGCCGGCCUGAAGCUGCCCGCCAACUCCGACCUCAAGGUGGAUCUGCCGUUCAACGGCAAUGGCAUCCUGGAAAAUUCCACGGGGCUUACCGAGAUCUCAGUCAACGGCGAGUCAUGCACCACCUUCCCCGACUACGUGGCUCUGGGCUGCAACUGCUGGGCCACUGGCUACCAGGCGUGCCCCACCACCGCGCCGGUCUUCUGCCAGCACUGCACCAAGGACUGGCCGAAGCCGCUGGGCACGGGGACUGACAACGUGAAGUCGCUGCCCAGCACGAGUCUGUGGACACCCGCCAACCUGAAUCUGGACCCCCUUGCCGCGGCCGUGAUUGCUGACACAGGCGGCAUUGCCACUGGCUUCACUUGGUGCCAUCACACUUUCACACACGAGAAUCUGGACAACGCCACAAAGUACGACGCAACCCAGCAGAUUGCCCUCAACAUCCAGAUGGCGAGUGCCCUGUCCCUGUCGACCAAGACUGCCGUGUUCAGCCACUCCUGCAUGGUCACGCCCGAGAUCAGCGGCCUGAUGAAUGGCGACGUGCUGGCGGCGCUCAGCAGCAACGGCAUAACAUGCUCCACCGGCGACAACACCUGGCACAUGAUGCAUCAGGCCAACCUGAGGGUUGAGGGCGGCAGCGCCACGGACUUCAAAGUCGGGUCGAGCCUCCUCAUGAAAUGGGUGGAGGCAGUUCUGAAAAGGGCGACGAGCUGGGUGACGUGGCCCGUGAGGUCCAUGAAGCUGGACGACCUGAUGGACGCGUUCAAGGCGCGCGAGGCGCGGGACGCCUGCCAGCCCUCGUACCGCCUGGAGGUGGACAGCGCCACGGGGGCGGUACAGGCGGUGACCGUGAAGAGCAACGGCGGCGCCUGCAAGGCGCCGCUGAUGACGGGGCCCUCUGUGAGUGUCGCCAGCCUCUCAGGCUUGACGAAGGACGGCACAGAUGUCACGGCUCCAAUCUACAGGGUCGACCUGGCCGCAGGCGCCUCCAAGCGGGUGGUGCUGUCAAACUCGCCCGCCUGGGUGCUGCCGCCGCUGGUGUGA